CCGCAGGGAAUGAGCACACACGUCCUUUCCAGACUUCAGGUUAUCCCGGGGUUAACUGCCAGAGCCUACAGAACCAAGGCUCUUUGUACCUCCAAUUCUAGAAGCGCAGGAGUGUUCUUAUACCCGGUGUGUUGGUUGGGGUGAUGACUUGGGUGGGGGUGGGGGGAGAGGAAGGGAGAAGGGACUGACGACUCUCCCUUAUGACGCUCUCUUGGUUCUCUAUCGUUUCUUUGAACAACUGACUUUUUUCAUCUUAACACCUCAUGUAUAAACAGACUUUACAACUUAUGUGGCAGUGCCACUUUCUCAUGAAUUCUGACAACCCAGUAAACGGAUAUGCUGAUGCCAUUUUACAGGAGUCUCAGAGGGUUUGCCCAGUCCCGCAAACGUUAGGUUUGUGUCCUGGCACCACCACUUAAUUCCCCAAAUCUGGUGCCUUCCACACCAUGGUUUUCUCGCCAUCCCUGCCCGAUCUCCCACCACCGGCUCCUGAUCCUACCCAAUCCCUGCCAACACCAAGUAUCUGUGUUCUUAGGUCCUGAGAUUCUGAAGUGAUGGAGGAGACAGGAGCCAUUUCAGGACAAAGGACAAGAGAUGCUUUUUCCUUCUGGGGAUAAAUCUAAGUCGCGUUUUAAAACAUUAUUCCUCUGAGAAAACGAAGUAGGGGGCCUAUAAACAGUUGCCCCCGUACUGAGUACCUCCUAUGCAAUGACACUGUUUAGACACUUUGCGCUUUAUCUCAUUUACCCUGUAAAGGGAGGCCCUGUUAUCUUCACAAUACAAAUGAGUCUACACGAGUUUAGAAGGGAGGGUGGUGCCUGGGUUGCUCGGUCGAUUAAAUACCCAGCUUUUAGUUUCGGCUCAGGUCACGAUCUCAUGGUUCAAGGGGUUCAAGCCCCAUGUUGGGCUCUGUGCUGAUAGUGCAAAGCCUAAUUAGGAUUCCCUCUCUCCCCCUCUCCUGCUCACUCUCUCUCAAAACAAACUUCAAAAAAAAGUUUUUUUUAAAGAAGAGAGAGGGCUGCUAUUUAGCUAAUUUUUUCAUGUUUAUUUACUCUCUCACAUCCCUAAAACGAAAAUGAACCUAAGUGUCACGGGAAAGGUUGGAGCAGUGUCAUCGGAGAAAGCGAAGAACAAGUAGAAGGGACCGGCAGUCCCGGAAGGUCUGCCUUCUGCAGUUGCCAGGCAACAAAGGUAAACAGCGAAAGUGGCAGGAUCAUGGCCACCAACUACAGUGCGAACCAGCACCUCCAUUCAGACUAGUCACGUUUCAAGUGUCCAUUAGCCACAUGUGGCUAGUGGCCCAUGUUGAACAGCACACAUCCAGACCAAGAGUACAUCCCUUCUACAGUGAGUUAAAGCCUUCAGGUCUUUGGUCCUCCGCUCUCAAGGACUCGCCUAGUUAUCAUUUCCUGGGCAUGGGGCCUUUGAGCCUCACAGAGAUUCUCGUCUUUCUCUCCACAGUAUGAAAAAGCUUUCUCACCCAAGUAUCUGCAGAACUGGUCUCCCGCCAAGCCAACAAAAGAGAAUUUCUUCCCACGAAGGCUACACUCAGUUUAUCGCCAAUGAUCGUGGCCAUCUGCUGCCCUCGGUGCCCCGUUCCAAGGCAAGUCCUUGGGGAUCCUUCAUGGGCACCUGGCAAAUGCCUCUGAAGGUGCCCCCCGCCCGGGUGACCCUGACCUCCCGCACGGUGGCUGGUGCUGCCUCCCUCACCAAGUGGAUACAGAAAAAUCCGGAUUUACUCAAGGCCUCCAACGGGCUGCGUCCUGAAAUCUUCGGCAAGCCUCACGACCCAGACAGUCAGAGGAAACUCGGGAAGUGGAUCACAAAGACCGUACAACAAGCACCAAGUCCCAUCAUAAUCCCAAACUCCCCACCUGUAAACCUCAGUUCCCCAGACCAACCCCAAAGCUUACACCCCUCUGCAGGUCACACUCCAGGCCCCCAAAGCCCAGCCAUCUCUCCCAAGAGCCCACCUGGGAGCCCGCGCAUGCCGGAGCAUUGGGCAGGUCCUAAUUUAGCUGAGGUCCAGACGUACAAACCUGGAACUCCGGAGACACCCAGGGACCCCACUGAGAAAACCUGUCUGGAGACUGAGCGAAGGAAGCAAGACCCCUGGUGAGGGAUAUAGAAUGGGGAAAUUUCAGGGUGGGAAUAAAGGUACGUUUGGAAAAUAAACAUCAUUUGUUGAAUCUUU